AUGUGCGAAAAUGCACCGUCCAAAGCAGACGAGGAUUACAUAACCCCCAUAUUCUAUGUCAACGCUGAGCCACAUGCGGGACAUCUAUAUACCCUUCUGCUUACUGAUAUUUUGAAAAGAUGGGAAGUCUUGAAGGGAGACAAUCAAGCGUCCUUGCUUACAGGCACUGACGAGCAUGGCAUGAAAGUGCAGAAGGCAGCUGAAAGCGCUGCGACUGCAACCAAGCAGUUCUGCGACAAGCAUGCUACUCAGUUUCUCGACCUGGCUCGUGCAGCCAACAUUUCGUUCGACCGAUUCAUACGUACAACGGACCCUGAUCACAAAGUUGCAGUCGAACACUUUUGGAAGCAGUUGAAAGAGAGAGGCUAUAUUUAUCAGUCAACUCAUGAAGGCUGGUACUCGGUCAGCGAUGAGACAUUUUACCCUGAAUCCCAAGUCCACUUGGUUCUGGAACCAAGCACCGGACGGAAGAUCUAUGCUUCGAAAGAGACUGGCAAGGAGGUAGAAUGGACUUCAGAAACUAACUACCACUUUCGUCUUUCGGCUUUCAGAGAUCGUCUACUCGAGCACUACGACCAGCACCCUCAAUUCAUUGUCCCAUCAAUGCGUAUGAAUUUUAUCAAGAAGGAAGUAGAGGCUGGCUUAUCAGAUUUGUCUGUCUCUAGGCCAAGCUCAAGACUACAAUGGGGCAUUAGAGUGCCGGAUGACGAUACACAAACUAUUUACGUAUGGCUGGACGCCCUGAUCAACUACUUGACUGCAACUGGCUACCCGUAUGGUGAAGGUGGUAACCAUAAAUUGUGGCCACCAAAUGUUCAGGUCAUUGGCAAGGACAUUGUGCGAUUUCAUUGUAUAUACUGGCCAGCUUUUCUUAUGGCACUGGACAUCCCGCUUCCUAGAGCAUUCCUCACACACGCCCACUGGACAAUGGGUAAAGCAAAAAUGUCCAAAUCAUUAGGAAAUGGUGUCAAUCCUUUCCUUGCAAUCGAGCGUUUCGGCCUCGAUGCUAUCCGGUACUUCAUGAUCCACGACGGCGGUAUUGUUGAUGAUGCGGAUUACGACAACAUGUUCAUUGUGGAGAAGUACAAAAAGGGCUUGCAAGAUGGUCUGGGAAACCUCCUUACUCGCAUACUGAGAGGCAGGAAAUGGUCAAUACGUACCUCUCUCGAGCAAGUGAUGAACAACGGCAGCCUCAAGAAACCGGACUCGGCACGUAUUCAGGAUAUGAUCGAAAUGAUUAACAGCACUGCACGGUCUGCAGAUGAAGCUAUGCAGAGUGUCAACCCUCGCAGUGCUUUACACAACAUUAUGAAACUCGUCUACGAAACCAACAAAUUUUUUCAAGAAAUGGCCCCGUGGAACCUAGUCAAGGACGACCAUCCAGACUCUCGCGAAUCAUUACAUAUGACAAUAUACACAUCGGCCGAAGCCGCUCGUGUGGUCUGUAUCUUGCUGCAACCAUUCAUGCCUAAUAAGAUGCAGCAAGCUCUCGACCACUUGCACGUUCUACCAGAUAAGCGAUCGUUUCAGAUGGCUGAGGUUGGUUGUGAUGAGACAUAUGGCUCAGGGGCCAGUGAAGCUGCACAUGAGAAGAUCCCUGAGAACAUGAAGAAGAGAAUUAGGUAUGCACAUGAUGGUGUACUAUUUCCACCACUUCUGACGGAGGUAUGA